AUGGCGAACGGAGACGAAUUGAGUUUGGUCCAGGAAAAUAUUGAUGAGUUUGUCAAUGAUGAAAACAAAAUUAUAACAUGCAAGUGGCUAAGUUUAACUCUCAACCUACAAAUAAAUACAGCAAAAAGGGCUUUAUAUACCUUUGUGGAGCGUCAGAGAAAGGGGAAAGACGGCAAUGAAAUAAAUGUGACCUACUUUGUAGCAGGCCUAGGCAAGUCAAAGUCUGGUGAGCUGGAACUCAAGUGUGUUGUGGUCCCAGAAACAGAGCUUGAUGUCGUUAAGAAGGCUUUGCUGGCUGUCACCAGCUGCCACAUAUACAGUGUUCAAAAGGCAAAGCUCAAGGAUUAUACCCCUUUAUACCAGACAGACUAUGAUGUCAUCAAACAGAAUUUGGAUCAAAGUUCAAGGCUCAGCAGUAUCAGAUGUGAUUGGGUUGAACAGAGGGUUGUCAGGCAGCCUGCUGCAGCUGUUGAAAAACCCAGCAGUGUUCCAAAGACAGAGAAAAAUGAAUCACCUGCAGCUGGGGUUAGCACAUCAUCUUCGUUGUCAUCAAAAACAAAUAACGCAAAGAAAGCUGAGCCAAAAUCACGUAUUGCAAGCAUGUUUGCUGCUGUUACAGCCACUGUCGGACAGAAGAAGGGGGAAGAUGAGGUGGCAAAAUCAGCUGCUUCAAAACCAAGUGACAAGAAAACUGUAAACCCCACUGAGAAAAAAGGUGGGGUUCGAAGCUUCUUCAGUACAAAUGCAGCUAGCAAAAAGUCCCCAUCAGAAAAUGGCAACUCAAAACAGGCUGUGAAAACAGAGGAGGAGCUAGUAAUAACAGCAAAAGUGGAAGAAUCAGAUGAAGAACCAGACAGGAAGCGAAGGAGAAGGAUUCGAACAGACUUGUUUGACAGCAGUGAGAGUGAAGAGGAGGAGGAACCUGUUGAGGAUCGAGAAAGUCCUGUCUUAUUUGAAUCGGAAAAUAAAGAUGAUGAUGAAGAGAAAGACAAAUCCUCCAACACUGUUGAAGUGGAAGAAUGUUCAAAACCUUCUAGAAUUUUGGAAAAUGUAGAAAACACGAAUAGUAUCUCAAAUGGUGGAGAGCGGAAGAGAAAGCGAGCAAAGAAGACCGUCACGAAGCAGUACCAGGAUGAGGAAGGGUUUCUGGUCACAAAGAAGGAAGUGGUGUGGGAAAGUGAAUCAGACAACUCAGAACCUGAGGAAGUGGUGGUGGUUGUGGAAGCAGAAAAGACCAAACCAAACACAGCUGCUGUUAAACAGAGCAACAAACCAAUUAACCAUAAAACAGAGGCAAAAGGAAGAAAGACAUCCAAGAAGGUGGCAUCCCCACAGAAAGGCAAGCAGCAGACAUUAACAUCAUUUUUCACAAAGAAAUGA